UGUGAGGCGUUAGCAUCAGCACCGCAGCCCGUGUCUGGAAGAAGCGAAAUUAGCGCACAAUUUUGGCGCCUCUAAAACAUAGCGGUGCUAAAAUUACACAUUGUGUUAUCACCUUUCUGCGGAGACAGGAGAAGGCCACUCCAUGACAGUCUCGCCUCGCGCACAACGUCUUUGCGCAUCACACAGCAACGGCGUCUCAUCGCGGAAUCGCUGAAAUACUACAGGACGCUAUUACACAACAUUUGGGUUUUAUUGCGUACGGGACAAUAACCUGCUAUGGUCGCAGGGGUUCAUGGCAUGGCUCUCUGGGGAUUGUAUGGGCUUUUAUUCGGGCUGCUAAGGCUCGGCGCGGCUUGUCCUGUAUCGUGCUCGUGCAAUGCCUCGAGGAUCUCGUGUAUCGACCAAGAACCAGGAAUCGAGGAAUUCCCUGUUUUGGUGCCAGAGACUGACAUGGAAAACAUCACGGAAAUAUACAUCUCAAAUCAAAAAAAGCUAUUGACAAUUAAUGAGGACCAUAUGAAGUUCUACUCAAAUCUCAGGAAUUUAACAGUGACCAAUACUCACCUGACAUCUGUAUCUACGAUGGCCUUCUUCAACAAUUCCAAACUUCAAUAUCUGAAUCUCAGAGACAAUAAUUUAUCAACACUAUCGUGGAUGGCGAUUCGAAAUUCAAACAUGUCAACUUUGUUGCUGUCUGGGAACCCUUUGCAAUGUAUAUGUGAGAACAUCUGGAUUAAACUGUGGUUGGAUGACAGUGAGAGAGAGGGGCUGCAAUGUCUACAGGAAGGAGGAAGAGCAAACGCCCUCAUCAGACUCACUCUUCCUUCAUGCAAGUAUCCGCAUGUUGAGGUAAUCCCUGCUGUCAUCAAUCAAAUGGCAGGAAGUGAUGCUAAAGUGAUGUGUAGUGCAUCUGGGGCCCCAACACCUGAACUCUCCUGGAGCUUAAACUCAAGUGAUCACCCUCCUCUCAUAACCAGCCACGAGAUUAACAAAAUGGAUCUGCAGUCAGUGUUGACUCUAAGUGGACUUUCACCUGAUGACAACGGCCGAGAGCUCACCUGUAGCGCUGAGAACAUCGUCGGCCAGAAUGAGUCUUCAGUCCUGCUCAAUAUUCUCUUUCCCCCAUCUAUCGUGCAGCUGGAGGAGCCCGAAAGGCAUCAGGACUGGUGCAUCCCAUUCACUGUGACAGGCAACCCGAAGCCUGAGCUGCGCUGGUACCACGAGGGGAUGUUGCUGGAGGAACAGCAGUACAUCAGGACGGAGAUCCAUGAAAUCACGGAUACGGAGUACCAUGGCUGUCUGCAGCUGGUCAUACCGACCCACAUCCAUAAUGGCAUUUACAAGCUGGUGGCCAGCAAUGAGUUUGGAGAAGACAGCGGAAACAUCACGGCACACUUCAUGCACAUGCCUGAUGUGGACCACUCCGGGACAGAUGGAACAUUCUAUUAUGACACAACGUUUAGCCCUGAAACCCCGCCGUUGGAGGACACAGUUGCGGUGUAUAUAGUGGUUGGGAUAGCUGGGGUUGCUUUAACUGGAUGCAUUCUCAUGUUAGUUUUCCUCAAGUAUGGCAGAAGCUCAAAAUUUGGCAUGAAGGGCUCUUCAUCUGUCAUUAGCAAUGACGACGACUCAGCCAGUCCCCUCCACCAUGUUUCCAAUGGCAACAACACGCCAUCAUCCUCAGAAAUGGGCCCGGAUGCCGUUAUUAUCGGAAUGACAAAGAUCCCAGUCAUUGAGAACCCGCAGUACUUCCGUAACCCUGGAAGCAUGCUCAAAUCGGACACUUUCGUCCAGCACAUAAAGCGUCACAACAUUCUGCUAAAAAGGGAGCUUGGAGAGGGUGCUUUUGGAAAAGUGUUCUUGGCAGAAUGCUACAACUUGACACCUGACCAAGAGAAGAUUUUGGUGGCUGUUAAGACGCUGAAAGAGGCCAGUGAAAGUGGGCGGGCAGAUUUCCACAGAGAGGCGGAGCUUCUUACCAACCUGCAACAUGAGCACAUUGUCAAGUUUUAUGGUGUGUGUGUAGAAAGUGACCCCCUCAUCAUGGUGUUUGAGUACAUGAAACAUGGAGACCUCAACAAGUUUCUCAGGGCUCAUGGUCCAGAUGCGGUUUUGAUGUUGGAUGGGCAGCAGAGUUUGAUGGAGUUAACCCAGCCGCAGAUGCUGCACAUUGCUCAGCAGAUAGCAGCAGGAAUGGUGUAUCUGGCUUCACAGCAUUUUGUGCACAGAGACUUGGCCACACGAAACUGCCUGGUGGGAGAGAACCUGCUUGUGAAGAUCGGAGACUUUGGCAUGUCCAGAGAUGUCUACAGCACUGACUACUAUAGAGUGGGUGGUCACACCAUGCUGCCCAUUCGCUGGAUGCCUCCAGAGAGCAUCAUGUACAGGAGAUUCACCACAGAGAGUGACGUAUGGAGUCUGGGAGUGGUCCUGUGGGAAAUCUUUACCUAUGGCAAGCAGCCCUGGUACCAACUCUCAAAUAAUGAGGUGAUCGAGUGCAUCACACAGGGCCGGGUGCUUCAGAGACCUCGUACUUGCCCCAAAGAGGUGUAUGACCUAAUGCUGGGCUGCUGGCAGAGGGAGCCCUACAUGAGACUCAACAUCAAAGAAAUCCACAAUCUGCUCCAGAGUCUGGCCAAGGCCUCUCCGGUUUACCUGGACAUCCUGGGCUGACCCUGCAUUGAACAUCUUUUUGUCAGUGUGGGUGUAAUCGUGAGAAAGAGAGACCGUGUAUAUGAGUGAAUGUGUGGAAUUAAAGGAGUAAGGGAUGGUUUAGAUUAGGAAGAGUGAUUAAAUAAAUAAUUUUGUGCGAGUGUUUAAACAUAGCUUGUGUUUCAGCCUUCUCACCACAUAGACUAAAGGCCUUAAAAUUGACUUUGUGCAUUUGCAUUUGAGUUUUACCCAUCUGGAUAUGUCCAUAUCUCUCAUGCACCAUUCUAUUUUUUUAGAUCCUAAAUGGUCUACAAAAUGAACGAAUGGAAACAUUUGUUGUAAAUAUGCGUUAAAGACAAUGUAGACCCUUUGAUUAACAGCCUUUAUGAAAAAGGUACUUUGGUUUAAGAAAGUUGUCACUUUUUGUUUAAUGAGAUGGACAAAAUCUGGUUUUGAUGAGGACCCAAUCAUUAGCACAAUGCUGUUGAUGCCCUGGCGACACAUUCAAGGCAGACUCAAUGCAGAUCGCAAUACUAUCCGCGGAGCAAACUAUGGAGUAACAAUCAUUUAACUGCCAGAUUGACAAUGAGUUUUAUCCAUUAUUUUUUAACAGGUACGAUUUAAUUUUGGACUAUUCUGCUAAACCAUCCUCUCUGUGCAAAGUUUUGAUGUCUAACCUUGAGGUUGAUGAAAGGCGUGUUUUUGGAUGUGUCAGUGCGCCCCAUCAAACUCAGUCUGAACCUUGUUAUAGAAGCACAGGGAUAAAGACACCUGUUAUUUUCUUUUUGAAGAGGCUUGAGGGUUGACGCUGAGUUAGUCACCAGCAAUUGCGUUGAAGUAUUUCCUCAGACCUUGGCUCCCAGGCCAUAUGUGCUGAAGUAUUAACUAAGGGAACUUGCUCUCCAACUGUGGUUUGAAGAAAGAAUUCAUACUUGCAUAUUUUUCAGGCCCAAAAUAGGCUGGACGGACAAUAUUGCAAACACUGAUUGGCCUAACAUUUCCCUCAUGCACACUUAACAGUACAGUAUAGGGUAUUAUGGGUUAAUAUGACCAAUUAUUUAAAUACAUGAAUUCGGGCAGACUCAAUGCAGAUCGCAAUAUUAUCCGCGGAGCAAACUAUGGAGUAACAAUCAUUUAACUGCCAGAUUGACAAUGAGUUUUAUCCAUUAUUUUUUAACAGGUACGAUUUAAUUUUGGACUAUUCUGCUAAACCAUCCUCUCUGUGCAAAGUUUUGAUGUCUAACCUUGAGAUUGAUGAAAGGCGUGUUUUUGGAUGUGUCAGUGCGCCCCAUCAAACUAAGUCUGAACCUGAAAGGGAUAAAGACACCUCUGAUUAUUUUCUUUUUGACGAGGCUUGAGGGUGGACGCUGAGUCGUAACUGCCAUGAUGUGACUAAUCACUAUGGAGGCACAGGAAAUUGACAUCCUGAUGGCACCUCAGGAACGCUCACAGUUCCAAGCUUUUCAUUACUGACUAUCCUGACCUGUGACACCAAAGGCAGCAGAUAAGGAAAAAUAAGUCUGUUUCAUGGCAAAAUAUACUGUAAUGAAAUAUUUGCAAUUUAUAUUUCAUCGUCUACGUCUACUUUUGAAUUGCUGUAAAAUGAGAAAGUUGCUUUUUGUCCACAGUAUGGUGUAGGAACUGCUUCUACCAGCAGGGGAAAACUGGAACAUGCUAACCAGCCAAACCUUGAACCAACAAAAGUAAAAAUCUUCUCAACUUUUGGUUGCAUAACGGAGCGUCACUUUCACAGUCUCGUGUUUUUCCUCUACGUCCUUACAACACACCAUCCCCAUGGCAACCAAUGGAUUUCUCUGACGUAGCGUAAACUCUCGUGUGUAGACGCCCUCAAUCGUCAUCAUGUUGCAAUUUAAUGGACCUUGCCUAUGGUAAGAUUUUGGGGAGAUUUCUUUCGUACCUGUUCCUAGGGAGUAGAUACUGUAGAUGUUGUCCAUAAUGUAAUAGACCCUACUGAACAGCUGGAUUUGAUUUGUUCUCAGAUUAUUCAUUGCUAUCUGUUUAUGUAUCGUCUACAAAAUAACUGCUAAAUAAUACAUGUAUGUGAUAAUCGAUGAUCAAUUUGUUUUUGAUGUAUUGUGGACCGUUUCAAAGCAACGGUGGUCAUGGUGGGCACUGUGAUGUGAAUGUUCAUUUGAGAAUGAUACAAGUUGGACUGGCCCUGAGGUCACAGCUGAAAGACCCAAUGAAGGAACAGUCUCGACUCGAACUGUGUGCUUCAACCCCACCAAACAAGAUAACAGAGGAGGACAACUGACAAGAAACAGGAUUAAAUAGACUACAAAUGAAUGACCUUUAACUAAAAAUGCUAAUAUCAUACGCCGUUAUCAGUAUUUCCUUAAGGCCAAAGUAUACUUCGGUUUUCCACGUGCAGAAAAUUUCAUCAUCAGCACACCACAUGUGGACUGUCCUCAUGUAGCCCAAAUUUUGUAGACGUGUGGACAGUCCUGAUCUUUCCAUGUUGUUGGGACAUGCACCAGCCAUUGACUGUCCUAAGAAGUAUCACAGUAAUGUGUCCGUUUCAGCUUGCGGUCAAAAGGGUAUAUUUGAAGCGUUACUCGUGUCGCACCAUUUCUGCUAUGGACACAAAUGACAUUGUAAAUUGUACGUCUUAAGGAGAGGUUUUCGAUGAAAUUGGACUUAAUAUUUUUACCUGGCAGUCAAUAAAACGACAACAGAAACCAAUAGAGAUGUAUUGAAGGAUGGACCCGUGCCAUGUCUAAGGACCAGAAUAUCAAAGAGACUUGGGGUGGGCUCUUUUGACUUGGACUUGAGUUACCAUCUAGCAACCACCAAGAACUACCUAGCAACACAUCAACCAGAAUAAGUUCGGAAUCAUGGCAGCGAGUUUUGCACAUUAAGACUGACAGACUUAGAUUUGAUAGAGCGUAGAGCAUUUCUACGGCAUAUUUAUGACAUUACGACAUUGAAUUUUAGAUCCAAUUGUAUUUGUAAACCCACUGACUUCCCACUUGACCACACAACCAAUUAUAAUUUGUCCCAUGAGAACUAAAUCUAGUCCAGUUUCUCAAGUUUACCAUCAUCUCUGUUGACUAACUCCAGGGCUACAAUAUUUGUAUGAAUUGUCCUCCUCUGCAUGGGUAAAAGGUUUCUCUAUUUCAAGAUUGAGGUGGCGCUUUGUGGUCUCCAGCAACACAUUUUGUGCCGAACUACUGAUUGUUUGGGGUAAGAAGUGUUGCAGAUGUGUUGCUCCGAGAGUGUCUGUAUAUAUGCAAUUAGACUGUAAAUAUAAAUGAGCAGGAUCAAUCAUUCUUUGUACACUGAUGUCAAAAUUCUUUCCAAACGGUCCACUGGCAGGACUUACUUUAAUAGCCGACUACACAACAUCACAGAACGUACGAGUUGUUGAACAGGGUGUCCAAUCAAGUGUUGGUCAUUUCGGUCAUGAUCUUUUGAGCAGCGACUUUUAAUGACCUCUUAGAGCUUUGCACUUUCUUUAUAGAUGUACUGCUCAUAUUUUUGUAGUUUUCACCCUACAAUUGUAAGCACUGCAAAA